AUGGCACUCCCCGCUGCACCGCCUCCCAAGAGCCCUCUGGGUCGAUAUCGCUUGCUGUCACCUACCGCUUCCAUUUGGGUCUCUCCUAUUUGUCUUGGUACCAUGAACUUUGGAAAUGCUUGGAAAGAAUUGAUGAGCGAAUGCAACCAGUCUACAGCCGAGUCAAUCAUGGAUUUUUACUACGAACAAGGCGGCAACUUUAUUGACUCUGCCAACAAUUACCAAUUCCAAGAGACCGAAAAAUGGGUAGGGGAGUGGAUGUCGAAGCGCGGAAACCGGGAUGAGAUCGUGCUUGCUACCAAAUAUACGACAAACUUUCGGGCUGGCCCUGGCAGCCCUAACAUCAUGCUGUAUGUUCACUGGUACGAUGGGAGCACUACCAUCCCAGAGUUGAUGCAGUCUCUUAAUCAGCUCGUCCUGUCUGGUAAAGUUCUUCACUUAGGCAUCAGUGAUACCCCUGCUUGGAUUGUGAGUAAAGCAAACGAGUACGCUCGUUGCAACGGACUUCGCCAGUUCUCCGUCUAUCAAGGCCGCUGGUCUGCAGCCUCGCGCGAUUUUGAGCGAGAAAUCAUUCCUAUGUGCCGAGCUGAAGGCAUGGGAAUUGCCCCUUGGGGCUCCCUAGGAGGCGGAAAGUUCAAGAGCGAAGAGCAGCGAAAUGCUCAGGACGGACGAAAGGUGGAGGCCAGUGAACAAGAGAUCAGAACCAGCCGUGUGCUGGAGUCUAUCUCUAACCGUAAGACCACACUCAUCACCAGUGUCGCACUAGCAUAUGUCAUGCACAAGACAUCAUAUGUCUUUCCGAUUAUCGGUGGUCGGAAGGUCGAGCAUCUCAAAGCCAAUAUUCAGGCACUCACCCUUAAGCUCACUCAAGAGGAUAUUCAAGAGAUCGACAGUGCUGUAAAGUUUGAGCCAGGCUUCCCCCACGACUUCCUUUACCGUAAAGGCCAGACGAUUGGGGGUCCAGACGUUUGGCUGCUGCAGAUGGGCGGCACAAUCGAUCAUAUCCAGCCGUCCAAGCCCAUAUCUCCUGUGAAGCGGGGUGAAUAG